ACUGAAGACAGCAGCCCUGAGAGCCCAUACAUAAUAUGCUGAUGGCAUUCUGCGCCUCAUCAGGACUGAUAAGCCAAGAGAGUGUGAUGCCUAGAAAUCUCCUCUCAGAUUCUCCUGAAAUGGCAUCUGAAAUCUCUCCAAAGCACGCAUGUGGGAGCAUGGAAAUGGGUGGUGGUGUGGAGAAUCAUGGCAGCCAAGCUAAGUGCAGAAAUCUUGCCUUGGAUGAUGAGAGUCUGAAAUACUUAACUCAUGAAGAGCAGGAUGUUCUCAUGUUCUUUGAGGAAACCAUAGAUGCCUUAGAAGAUGACUUGGAUGAGCCGAUCCAACGUGACAGUGGUAUUCACUGUCAGUCUCCAAGGUCAACAGAAGAAAAUGUGUCGAGUCAUUCAGAGACUGAAGAUAUCAUUGACUUAGUACAGUCCACACCAGAGAGCAGUGACCAUGAAGGCCCUCCUAGCAGAGACACAGAGCCAGGUAUGUUGGAUGCUGCCUGGAGAACUGAGAGCCCGAAGCCAGCUGUACCUGCUGACCUUCCCCCACAUCCCCCUCUACCACCACCAUCGAUGUCUGAGACACUUCCUCCUCCACCCCCUCCUCCAGUGCAGCAUCCGAAAUUGCUUCGUUCUAUCCCUACCCCACUUAUCAUGGCCCAGAAGAUAUCUGAGCAGCAGAUGGAGAACAAGGUGCGCUUCCCCAGUGUCCUCAAGGAAGGGAAUUUGGACAGGAAGAAAACGCCAAUAGCCAACGGUGAUUAUUCGGCAGCUCCAAAGCACCCCCCUGCACCAGCACCCAAACUGCACCGGUUUCCCAGCAACAUCAACAUAACAAAUGUCGGUGGCAAGGAGUUCAGCGAGACAAUUUCAAAAGCAGCAGUUAACGUCCAGGAGCGGAGAGCUCAAGUGCUGGCCAACAUCAAUGGAGGAGCUUUUCUGGCAGCAGAACUGGAGGAGAAGCUGCAGAAAAAUGAUUUCUUGUCACGUAACAGAAGUUCUUCCUUAAGGGAUCUGUCCUCUGAGCAAACACGGUAUGAGGCCCUGACAAAACUUGGCCUAGUGAAAGGAAAGGCAGCUCAGGACCAAGUGGACCAUGCCUCAAGCACUCAGCAGCUUGAUGUGCAGCCUAAACAGGCAGACACUGUUCCCAAUGGAUAUCAAAACAUCCAUGAGGUUUUAAAAAGUCAGCCCAGCCCUUUCCUUCCUAUGGGCAAAACAGUAACAAUCAAAUCAGAGGUAGCUCUUGCUGCUAACAAGGUCAGGAGUGCACAGCAGAACACAGAAAAAAGUUCUAAUGAUUAUAAGCAACCCAGUCUAAACCUGGAUAUGAGGAGAAGAUCAGGUUCACUGCCUAGACCUUCUGGAUUUCGAUCCCAAGGGAUAACAGUGAAGUUCUCUGGCCGUGGCUCAACAGAAGAAGCGAGGAAAGAGGCGCUUCGGAAGCUGGGACUACUGAAAGAGACAGCAUAAUUCAGGUGGGAAUGUUGUGGCAGUGGGGGGAAAGCCAUGGCAUGGCUUCCUGUUUGAAUAGGCCCAACAGGAUUGGGAUCAAAUGGAUUGGAAGAAGAAAGGGGGAAGUUCUCUGCUUCAGGAAAGUUAAGGAGGUACUAGACACUGUGGAAUGACCACUUGUGUUUUUCCCAGGAGGACUUGUCACCACAUACAGUCAUGUACAGCAGUGGGCUUCAGCAACCCUUUCUACAGAGAUACUCAUCUGUUGCUCUUUGUGACUAAGAGGAAUUUUAUUUAAGUAAUGCUGGACUACAGCAGACAGCAUCAUGUUAAUGAAGUGUAUAGUGCAGUAUUGUUGUACAUAACAAACCCAGUGGUGAACCUUCCUUUUGCUCUUUCUGAAGCCAAAAUGGGAGCUCUGUUUGUCUUGCCCCAGAUGAUGUCAAAACUGAAAUUUCUGACCAGAGUGGCACACUUUCCUGACUUUGUCUAUAUUAGCUGGCUUGCCUUUGUUCCCUAGCAGUGGUGGAGUCUUCUGCUUCCAUGCUCUGUGCCCGCUUAAGACUGUACGGAGGGUGGUUUCUGUUUUGACCUUCUUAAGAGAGCAGCCCAAGCUUUGAGGGGAUGUCUGCAUCACUCUGCUGCUUCACUUAAGUGUUGCCUUUCUUCCUGGCCACCUGCUUCUUGGUCACGCUCUAGCUACCUGUGUGUCCAGAAAGGCACCAGAUAAGCCUCAAGGACAUGCACCACUGACAGCCAAAGAGCCUCCUGACAAUCUGUGACCACAACUGUUCUGUACCAGUGAGGAUCUCAGAGCAGAGAAGCCAUAAGAACAAGUGAACUUUGUACCAAAUUCAAGAACCUUAUGUCAGAAGUCUUGUCUUUUGUCUUGGGGUUCUUGUGAAGAAACUGUUACUUUUUGAACAGUAGCUGUACUAUGCUGAAUAAUUGCAAGUUCUUUCACUUCUGAAAACUGUCAUUUGGUCUUCCUGUAGUUUGACAGGCCAAACAACCCUCUGUUCACAGCCUUAGUUGAUUCUGCCCUGCCAAUGCAUAACAGAAAUUACAGCCAAAAUUAUUGCAGGCUAAGUGGAGGUACAGGAGAGAUUGGUAUUUAAGAGCACAUCACUCAUGAGUGGUCCAAGCUGGAGUUAUUUUGCCUUUGUUCAGUAGACAUGUUUUUAAAGAUGGCCCCCAAAAAAACAUUUGUGUGUAACUUUGGGGCAGUUUGUUUGGUUUUUUUAACGUGACAAAGCUGCUUUUCCACAUUACACCUACUUUCCUCAUUUGUACACCUGAAAAAUACCAAGAAUAGCCAUUUAAAAAUCAAAUGCCAAGCUCCUGACCCUCUGAAUUUCUUAUUCCUGCACGUGUAAGAGUUCUCAGUGUUCUAUUUCCAAAGGCAAAAGCUCGCUUAUCCUCUGCACUUUCUAAAUCCUCAAGCAACUCCCUCUUUUAUUUUUUCCCCAAGUAGCUGAGUAAUAAACCUUGGAGAAGAGGAGGGGAGUGGCUAUAAUAGAAACUGACACACCCUUCAGCCAGGAGCUCUGACAUAACUGUGAUAAACAAGUUUGUAGUUCUUGAUAGUGUUUCAAACUUGCUGAGCUGGUAAAUGAAGCUGUUGUGAAGGAAAACUCUUUUGUGCCAUUUUCAACCUGUCUCAUAAGUUAAAGGUGUUUUGUUUUAAAUUAUCUGCUUGCAGCUUCAAUUUUUAAUUAUGUUGUUAUGGUAUCUGGCUGGUUCUAUUAUGUAGUUAUUCUUUUCAGCCUUUUCAGUGGGUAAGUGAUCAUGUUCCUCAUUGUGACAGGCAUACUAUACAUAAGCAAUCAGUAAUUAAAAUAUGUGGCCAUUCCUCUGUCUGGCAAAGCAGUUGGGCAUGCAUAAUCCAACGUGAGAAGUGCUGCUGAAACAAAAGAGGCUGCUUGUGUGCUGCAAGUAAAGCACAGACUUAUUUUGCUGGCCUUUGAGUCUGCAGUCCUAAAUCCAGGAGGACAAGCACAUAAAAUACAUGCAAACACCUGCUUCACUGGCAGCCUGGAGUGGAGUCCUACAUGUGUGUGAUGCAUCAUAAUUUAUUAACAUAACCUACUAAGUAAUUUAAAUGUUUCAUGGCCGUUGUGCUUUUAAAUCCUGUUUAAGCAAAUUCUUCAGUAUAAAUGUGAAGCACAUACAAAGCCAUCUUCACAUCUCAUCAUUUCUUGCCAGCUUUUCUCUGAGCUGUUUACAGCUGAGUGUCCAUGCUAAGCAAAUAGGGGGUGGUGGGAAGUAACCUUGACACUAUUUCAUUAAAAUUCAGUCCUAUUCAAUAACUCUGUGACAUAGCCCUAUUUAAAAAAAAAUUAAAAUUAGAUGUUUAAUAUCUAAAGUACAAAGUUGCAGUAUGCUGAAUUAGCUAGAUCAUGUUCUUCUAGCCUUUCUGCAUGGCUGUGCCCUCAAUCAGUGGGAAGUGAGAGUUAGAUCUUCAGCAGGUAAACCUAAGUCCUCCCUUGGCAGAAAUUGAACCAGGUAUUCAUUGUGGCCCUUCAUUAUAGCAAAUAGCCUACUAGUCAAUUCUUCUCUGUGCCUAAAACUGUAGUAAAUAAAGCCAUGUACUAAAUGAAGUUAAUUAAGAGUCUAGCUGCUAAUAACCUGUAUAUAAGUUCAGCUGUAUUUUUGUGUAUCUUGUUUUGUGUGUAUAUGUUGCUGUGAUUUUAUUUUUUCUUUGUUAGAGGUAACUGUCUUGCACAAGUCUGAGAAAUCAUCUCUGAAACUGGGAUAAAAAACAAUAAAAUGAUGGCU